AUGGUGUCCUUCAAGAUCCUCGCUGGUGGAUACGAGGCCUUUGUCGCCACGUAUCUCUUCACCGCCACUGCCAAAACCUCCACGUUGGAGUUGGCGAGCAGGUCACGGACUGGGAUCAACCCUUCGUGGUUGGCUGUGCAUCCCCAGAACAGCAGUUUGCUCUACGCUGUCAACGAGAUCUGGAAUGGUGGAUUCGUCCAGUCUUUUGCUCUUCAAGGGGAUGGAUCUCUCUCCGCUCCUUUGGACACCAUCAGCUCUGGUGGCAAUAACCCAGCGCAUGUUGCAGCGUUGACGUCCAGCGGGCAGGUCAUCGUCCUCAACUACAGCAGCGGGAACGGGAGGGUUUUCAACACCACGUCGGCCGGUACCCGGUUCGUCGCAGAGUCCACGCAGACAGUCACCUUCCCCAAGGCCGCCGAUAUAAGGGAGUCGAACCCACACCAAGCUUACGAGUACAACGGCGAGAUUUUCGUACCUGAUCUGGGAGCAGAUACAAUCUGGAGAUUGGUCCCAAAUGAUGUCGUUGGCAGCACUGAUAUAGUCAAGAUUGCCGGCUCUAUUCCUCAGCCCAAAGGCAGCGGCCCUCGGCACAUCUCGAUCUACAAGGAUCGGCUCUUCGUACUCCACGAACUCUCUUCAACUCUCACGGUUCAGAAGAUUCCUGCUUUGGGUACGAAUGACGCGUCGAUCAUCGCCAAUGCGUCCAUCGUACCCUCGGAUGGACCGGAGAACCCCCUGUGGGCUGCUGCUGAGAUCCUUAUCCCGCCACCUAGCAGGAGGUUCCCCGUUCCUUAUAUCUACGUUUCGAACAGGAACAAGGGUACAAUUAAGGACCCGCGAGGAGAUUCUAUUGCCAUCUUCGAGCACGUCGGCUGUGGAACCCGUCGAGAAGGGUUGAGGCUGGUGAAGCAGGUGUUUACGGGCCUUCACCAGAUUCGCGGGAUGGAGUUUGGGCCCGCGGAAAACGGUGGUGACGAGUACUUGAUUGCAGGCGCCAGUGAAGGAAGCGGAGGGGUUGUGGUUUUCCAGAGGACCAAAGGAGGCCGUGACUUGAAGAUUGUCGCGAAGAACGACGAAGUUGGCACUAGAACGUCGUUCGUGUGGGCCAAAUAG